CUGAACACCCGUGGACCUACUCGAUUGGACCGAGCCUCUAAUUUUAAAAGACACUGACACCGUUUCACUUCAGUUUAACAAACAUCAGGCAUUUCCCGCUGUUUUCAGUCGGAUCCGUUUGAUUUCCACAUCAUUUUUGGUCACUUUUUCUCUAUUCCGGUUGGAUUUACAAAGGGCGUGUUUGGGCGAGCUGUACCGGGAGUUUCAUCUCCUGUACUGGAGCGACUCUGAGGAAUGACAGCAACUGGAACCGGACUGCGAUCCGCCUGAACGGAGACGAUGGAUUAUCAGGAGCUGGGAAAUCAUCUGGAGGAAAAGCUAACACUUACAGACAAAUCUCUGCCCCUGCAGACAGAGUCUCAGUCCAUCCAGAACGGAGACAAGUCUUUGGGCAAAGACCUUCUGACCCCAGACGACUCGGCCGUCACAGAUCUCUCUCCUAAAACAGACUCCAGCCCCAAAACCGAGACCCCCACCAAAACAGAUGCCUCCUCCAAGACAGACGUCAGGCCCUCCACCCCAUGUGGCAGCAGCAGCCCUCAGCCCAAGAAAGAUUCAAUGAGCUCAGAGCAACGUCAGAAACUUGCCAAGGAGCGAAGGGAGGAGAGGGCCAGAUACAUCGAACAGCAAACUCAGCUGCAAGCGGCGAAGAAAGCCCAGUGGCUGGAGAAGGAGGAGAAGGCCCGACGUCUGAGGGAGAGUCAGCUUGAGGAGCGCAGGAGGAAGCUGGAGGAGCAGCGGCUGAAGGCGGAGAAACGCCGAGCUCUUCUGGAGGAGAAGCAAAGACAGAAACUAGAGAAGAACAAGGAGAGAUACGAGGCAGCUAUCAAGAGGUCCACAAAGAAGACAUGGGCCGAGAUCCGCCAGCAGAGGUGGUCCUGGGCCGGCGGACUCAACCAGACCUCCCGCAGAGAAAGCAGAUGCUCGGCCUCCACGGUCAACUUGCCGAGACAGGUGGACCCUGUCAUUAACAACAGGCUGUCCAAGUCCUCUGCCACGCUCUGGAACUCCCCCAACAGAACCCGCAGUCUGCGUCUAAGUCCGUGGGAGAGUCGGAUCGUGGAGAGGCUCAUGACGCCGACUCUGUCCUUCCUGGCCCGCAGUCGCAGCGCCGCCACUCUCCUCAACAACAGCGACUCUCACUCUCACCACUGCUCCCGUUCAGCCUCCGCCAGUCCGCUCAACGCCUGCUCCCAUCACCACCCGCACCAGAACGCCGCGGAGCGCUGGAGGGUUUCCUCAGCCAGCACGCCAGACAUCACCCAGCGCCAGCGCCGGCGAAACUCCACACCGGUGGAUAAAAAGAAGAAAGAGAAGAAAGACAAGGAGAGAGAGAAUGAAAAGGAGAAGAGCGCUCUGUCUAAAGAGAAGGUCCAGAAGAAGAGACAGACAACAACACCCGUCACUACGACCACGAGAUCCAGACCAGAGACUAGCACCCCGAAGCCCAGAAACAGACCUCCAUCACCGGCUGCCCCCAAAAGCCGGCCCCUGUCCCCCCUGGUGCCAGCAGCAGCCUCCAAGACCGCGAUAGGCAAGAGGACCCCUCCCCCUGGCACCAAGACGCGACCCAAACGGGCCCAGACGCCCGCCAGGGUCCAGCCGCAGACGGUCACUGCGGUCACCGUGGAAACAGGCCACGAACCCCAGCAGCCCGACACCCAAGAGGAGAAAAAGAACUCCAGUAACGUUCCCGCCAUCGUGGUUUCCUCUGCUCCGGUGACUCCUCCCUCCCUCAGCCUCGUAUCAGCUGUUUCUCCUGCUGUGACGAGCUCAGCUGUUGCUCCUGCAGCAGCCUCCUCCAGUAAUCCAGCUCCUGCUGCUACACCCGCUGCCUCCACCUCCACCACCGCCCCGGCUGCACUGCCCAGCAAACCGUCAGCAGGCACCAACGACCCGGAGGAGGCGGCUCGAGUCCUGGCAGAGAAACGUCGACAAGCCCGAGAGCAGCGGGAGAGAGAGGAGCAGGAGCGUCUGGAGCAGGAGCACAGGAACAGGCUCCUGCGGGAGGAGGCCAUGGCCCGGGAGGCUGAGGAGAGGAAGCACAGAGAGGAGGAGGCUCGGUUCAUGGCCGAGCAGCAGCGUCUGAGGGACGAAGCCCAGAGAGCUGAGGAGGAGAAGGAGGCGCAGGAGAGAGCAAAGGCCGAGCAGGAGGAGAACGAGCGGCUGCAGAGACAGAGGGAGGAAGCCGAGGCCAAAGCCCGAGAGGAGGUGGAGCGUCAGCGCAUCGAGAGGGAGAAACACUUCCAGAAAGAAGAGCAGGAGCGACUGGAGAGAAAGAGGCGCCUGGAGGAGAUCAUGAAGAGGACUCGAAGGAGUGACACAGGAGAAAAGAAGGAAGUCAAAGCCUCUCCACAGGUCAACGGCAAAGACACAGAGGUCAAUAAAGCGCCUGGAAACCUGCAGAGUCCGGGCGCAGCGGUCCUCAGCCCGUCACCAGGUCCUGAUCCUGUCGUGAAUGGAGUCCAGCCCGCCCCUCACCAGAACGGUGUCUCAGCCAACGGAGAAGCGGCAGAGUUCGAGGAGAUCAUCCAGCUGAACAAUGGCAGUAACCCCAGUCCGCAGCAGGGGGCGCUGGUGAGCGAACCCAUCCUGGCGUUCGAGGGGGGGGAGCCCUUCCUGAUGAAGACAGGCCCGAUGAAGCCUCAGCAUGUCGCAGAGGUCCUGUGAGUCCUCACAUCCAUGGAGCCUUAUGUCUCUGCUUCAGCCAUGAGAUUCAUGCCUCACCACAGCGGCUUAUGAAAAUAGUGUGCCAAACAAACAAUGAACUGCUCUGAAUUCACAUCCACAGUAUCUGAUCUGCCGCAGACGAGGAAGAAAAGGAAAAUACUCAUCUGACACACACACACAUAUAUAUAUAUAUAUAUAUAUACAGUAUAUAUAUAAGAAAUGCAACAACAAGUAUUCUCUGUCUUCACUGCGUGUCAUGGUGCAGCAUUUGUUUUAUUGAAACGUCACAUGCAGAUUUUAUGGUGCACCUUAAAGAUGACUGACUGUGUAACACAUUUUAGAAAAUACAGACCCUGCAAAUACAUAAUAUUUGACAAUGGCUGUUAUUAUUAUUAUUGUCGUUAUGAUAUUGUUAUUGUUAUCUUCAGUUGAACAAUGUGAGUGUGUGUGUGUGUGUGUGUGUGUGUGUUGUUUUCUUGUCUUGAAUUAAUGAGUUAUUUAACAUGGGGAGCAUUGACAGUGUAUGUAAAUGUAUAAUGAGCCUCCUGUUACAGGGGAUCUGUGAAAUAAAGCUUUAUG